AUGAGCGGACGACAAGCGACGCGAUGGACAGGACGACGACGACGGACGCUGCGACGAUGCGUCGGGUUGAUGAUUGCGCUCGUAGUGAUGCUCAUGAUGAUGCGCGUAGUGGAUGUGAUCAUCGUGCGGGUGUCGCACAAGGCGCUCGCAAUUCCGUGGACGAGCGUGAGCGCUCGGGCAGAUGAUUUGUGGAGCGAUUUACCUCUUAAAUGCAAGAGGCGGUUGGUGGGGUCGAUGCCGACGGAAGGGAGCGAUGCGUGGGAGCUUGUUCGGGCGCGAUCGGUGUCGUACGCGAAUAUGGGACGAGAGGCGCGCGAGCGCGGAAUAGCGGCUUUCGAUGUAAAUGCGCGAGCGACGCAAGGCUUGCGCGUGGACGAUAUGUUUACGCGAGACGGUGACGGGAAAAUAAAACCGAAUUUGUUACACCUAGACGUGCCAGUGCGGGCAAUUGUGAUUCCGUUUCCUGUCGGCGUCGUUAGCGCGAUGCUUCAUCGAGGAACCUUGAAACAUUUGGCCAAGUUUGGCUUUCAGGAAGACGUGGAUGUGUACGUACAGAACGAGGAGAUGUUCCAUGCGUCAAUGUUUCACGCGUCGCACCAUAUAGAAGAGCACGCGGUGAGUGCGAGUGAAGCUCUUGAAGAGGAACGGCGCAUUCGUUCAAUCACAACAAAGUUCUGUCCAAUCAACGCUGUUUUAGAGCGCGUUACGGUGACAUCCGGCGGCGUCGUUCUGGCUGGCUGGCAAGUUGCUCGGGACACGUGGAAUUCAAAGUCGGGGGAGCCCAGCGAAUUCCGCGCCGCACUUCGAGAUGCUUUACCAAAAUCUCCGACGAAGCAGCUUGUGAGCGAUGUUAACAUCAUUCAUACCACGCUUGCUCGAUUGACUCGGCCGCCUAAGGGCCGCCGGGGAGACGAUGGGCGCCUCGCUAAAGAUCUGGCGUUUGCGCUCACGGAUGAACUCUGUGGAUUAGAAAUCACGCUCGAUCGCGCCUGGUUCGUGCGAGAACACCAUAAAUUAGCGCUAGCUCUGCGAGGCGCGGUCGAUAAGGUAGAUAUGCCUUUCGAGUGCCACUCGCACUAG